CCACACACAGUUGUCAUGGAGAUAGAAAAGAGUUCAGCGUCCAUUAGUGGUACUGUUACCAUGGAAAUUCCUUUUGUCGCCGUUACAAAGCAAGCCAAGCUAGGGGAGGCUGUUGAGCAUCAGGAUCAUCCUCAUGCUGGAGUUGCUUUACAGCACAACAAAUAUCGAAUGCUGAUUGUCAUUGGCGAUAUUUCCACCAGCGUUGACCUGGACUCUGUCGGAAAACAGAUCACACAAGGUUUGCUCUCUUGGAAUGUUGAUUUGAGUAUCUGCGACCUGAACAAGGAGCUACAGCUGUUUGAGACCAAACACACGGCUCAAUUUUCAUCACUGGUCAAAGGCCAGAGGAUUCUCCAAUAUCAGAGUGACAUCCUUGAGACAGUGGUGUUGGUUAACCCAUCAGAAGGUUCUGUUUCUUCAGAGGUCCAUUCUCUGAUCACCGACUUGGCUGGAAAUAAACUGCUGAUACUGAGUGGACAGAGCUCUGACCAGGGAGGUGACAUCCUACUGCAAGGUCGGGCCUUUACCUGGCAACACUUCUCUGAUAUCAUCUCCAACACUCAAGUGGUAUCAGUCCUUUCUCAGGCCUCUCGAGAGAAGCCACCAAGGCUUACUGUUUCCUGUCAAGGAGACGGGGGCUGGAGCUCCUUGGGCCAAAGCCAGGAGCAGCAUCUGUUUCAAAAUAUCCUGGAAUACCGCUUGAACCCUGAACCUCACCUUCCUGACAUGGAAGGAGUGAAAGCGUUUGCAGAGUAUGUCUCAGAGACAGUCGAUGUGCCCUCGCCCUUUGAACUUCUCGAGCCUCCAACGUCUGGAGGAUUCCUGAAACUUUCCAAACCUUGCUGCUACAUCUUUCCUGGAGGAAGAGGAGACUCUGCUUUGUUUGCUGUCAACGGGUUUAACAUCCUGGUGGAUGGUGGGUCCGACAAAAAGUCUUGCUUCUGGAAGCUGGUUCGGCACCUAGACAGGAUUGACUCUGUUCUUCUUACCCAUAUUGGGGCAGACAACCUUCCUGGCAUGAAUGGAUUGUUUCAGAGAAAGAUUGCAGAGCAGGAGGAGGAGGGCAACCAGGGAUCUGGUUCAAGCAGCAGUGGUGAGUCAAUGAAGAACCUAAUAUCCCCUGAGCUUGGGAUCGUAUUUCUGAACGUCCCAGAGAAGCUUCGCAUGCCAGAGUCCAAUCUAAAAGUGAAAAGAAGCAUCGAGGAAGCAUCUCUGACACUACAGUACCUCAAUCAACUCGGUAUCACACCCGAACCGCUUCACAGGGCAGUGAGUAACACCAUUGAACCUAUCACACUCUUUCAUAAACUUGGAGUGGGAAAGUUAGACAUGUAUGUGCUAAACCCAGUCAAGGAGAGCAAAGAAAUGCAGUUUCUUAUGCAAAAAUGGGCUGGGAAUAGCAAAGCCAAGACUGGCAUUCUGAUGUCUAAUGGAAAAGAAGGAGAAAUAUCUGUUCCCUAUUUGACAUCAGUUACUGCUCUUAUUGUUUGGAUCCCUCACCGUCCCACAGAAAAGAUAGUCAGGGUGCUCUUUCCUGGAAAUGCACCACAGAAUAAAAUCUUUGAGGGCCUUGAGAAAUUAAAGCACCUUGACUUUCUGAGAUAUCCAGUCGCUACUCAAAAAGACUUAUCAUCUGGUCCGCCGUUGCCCAUCAUCAAACAGACUAAAAUGAAAUCAAGAACUGACAGCAAAGAGAGUCUCAAAGCGUCACCAAAGCCAAACUCAAAAAUAGCAAAGAAAGAAGACGUUGGACAGGAAGAAGAUUCCAAGAGUGAAAUUACUAAAGAGAAUAAAGUAGAAAAGAAAGAGGAGAAAAAAAUGAAAAGUCAAAGUCUGAAGGCCACAAAACAACAGAAAAAUAGCGAGGUUGCCCCGGUGACAGGAAAGUUUGAGAAGAAGACAAUACCGAAGGAAAAAAGUCUCAAAAUGGACAAAGUAUCUCGAAUGGAUGAAAAGAGAGACAAGGAGAAGAAGGAAAUUAAGAAAGACAAAGUAAAAAAGGAUGAAAAUAUACAAAAAGAGGAGAAGGAAAAGAAAGAGCUCAAAAAGAAGGACAUAAGUAAGCCAGAAUUGAGAAAAAUUAUGAAACCCGACCUCAAGCCACUCACCCCUGAAGUGAGAAAAACUUUACACAAAGUCAAGACACAGACUAAAACCAAGACAGAAAAAGAAACAACGGGUAAGGAUCAUGCAAAUGGGAAAAAGCUCAUUCCAGAGAACAUCCGCGAAGAGGUUGCAGCAGCAGCUCUUGCAGACAGGUCUAUUGCAUCUUCCCCUGAGGACCUUACUGAGGACUUUGAGGCUCUGAAAAGAGAAGAGCUAUCCGAACCCAAGACCGAGGCUUUCCAGAUAUCUGAGGUGUCACUUCACAAAGAAACUAAAGUUUCUACGUCAUUUUCGCCUGAAGACAAAAUGACAUCAUUUUGUACUAAUACAGAGACCGUUUCAUCCAGAUUCCCGGAAAAACCAAAUGAACACGAGACAGACAAGACAACUUCAGAACAGAUUACAUCCCCGCAAAAGGAAAAUUCAAACAGUGGUAUUUACAUGAAAUAUGAAGACAAGACGCUUGAGGAUUAUGGCAAAUAUUCUGCAAAGGGUGACUCGAAAGACAUAUCAAAGAAGAGUGAUAGCUCAGAAGAUGAUGAUGAUGUAAUUGAAAAAGCUGAGUUUGAAGGCACAGAAGAUGAUGCAUUUAUCAAGUAUAAAACACAGGAGAUCAAAAAAGAAAGCACUGGAAAAGAAUCAGAAAACAGACCAAUUGCACAGCUUACCUCAUCCGCUGCAGUACUACCUGUACAAGGAGCAUUAGCGUCGGCCUCAGAGCCGUUUUCCUUUAUCCAAGAUGAAACCAUCCCUGCUUAUUCUGAGACCGAACAGACCAUCUCUGAUGAGGAGAUCCACGACGAUACAGAAGAGAGAAUGACACAAUUACGAUGUAGUGAUGUCGCGAGAACCUUAGACUCCGUGCACAGUUUGAAAGAGAUGAAACGCUCUGCUGUGUCUGAUGUCGUGGAUGUCAAAACCAAAGCCCCCAUGGGAGGUCAAGAGUCUUACCCCACUGUUGUUACUGCUCCUCUUGCAGAGGAGGAACACAUAUCAUCUGCCACAUCCAUCACCGAAUAUGACAAGAUGUCUUCAUUUGCCACAUCUGUAGCUGAAGACCAGUCCAUAGCAUCCAUUACAGCCCCUCAAAAUGAGGACGUCGGAAGGAACUCCCUCCUUCUUGACACCAUCAACAAUGUGCCGUCUCAUCCAGAAGGCACCCAAGGAAAGGACUAUCUCCAUUCCGCCGGGACCAUUUCACCCACCUCCUCUCUGGAAGACGACAAAUGUUUUAAGUCUCCUUCCUCUGAUGAGUACCAACCCAGCAUCCAUGAGAUGGAGAGUGAUGCCAAGGCCGAUCCUGUUCAUGAUGACGAUGAUGAUGAGGAAGAGGAGGAUGAGGAUCAGACUCCAAAUGUUGACAUACCACUGGGUAAACUUCAAGAAGGCUAUGAACAUGCAGCAUCAGUGCUCCUUAGGGAGAAAGAGAACUACCGCUCUCCCGCUCUUUCUCCUUCUGGCUUCUCUGACAAGCGGCCCUCACCCACUCAGGCUGCCAACGAAAAAAUGUCUCCAUCUCGCAUAGGUGGGUUCACGGUCAGCACUGGAAUACAACCUGCAUCGGCAGCUCUACCUCUCGCCACUGGUUUGGAGUCCCCUUUUAGGCAAGACAGUGACGACAGAUGUCCAAGUCCUGAUGACAGCACCGUGAAACUGGCUUCACCCACACAGUCGGUGCCGACGAGCAGUGGCUACUCUCCAGCAGAGGAAAAGCUCUUCAAGACAGAAGAGCAGGCAGCAGUGACAAAUUUGAAGUGCGACACUCACAAAAUAGAGAAGUCAGUCACUAUUUCUGAUAAUACAUCCUUCAUUGGAUUGACAGGUGACAAAACAGCAUUUGAAACAUCAGAAGAAUCUGAAGAGGAUAGUGUGGAUGAAGAUGACUAUUAUAUGAAGAAGGAUCUUCAACCAGCUGUUAAGGCUAAACUUAUGGAGGCAAAAGAAGGAUGCUUCCUGGAUGAUGACUUAAAUGAGGCAAAGACUUCCAAGGUACAGGCAGACAUUGAAACCUUAGAAAAGUCCCCAAGUGUAGACGAGAAACCUAAGACUCCAAUUAUAGCCUUGGAUGAGCAUGAAACAAUUCAAUUCCCGACUGGAUUAGAAUCACAAUUCUCUCCAACAGAUCCAAGCAAGUCAGAAAAGUGUCAAGAAACUGCUGACAUGAGAGAUAUGUCUUUCAAAGGGCCCGAGAAAAGUGUUCAGUUUAGAAUGUGUGAUUUCCCAGAGAAGGAGACCAAAGAGAAAGCCAUCUAUAUCAGACAAGACACGCCUUAUGUGCAUGGCAAAACAUUCUCUUACAGUGACGUUUAUGACAGCAAACCAAGUUCUGUGGAAUCUGAUUCAUUUCAUCAGGAGUCUUUCGAUAAGGUGGAGAAAGAUAUUUCGAGGGAUUUCAUGGGUUUGCUGCCGAACCCUGUAACAGCAAGAGACAAGAUGUCAGAGAAGGAUGAAUUCACAGUCUCAUAUGGAAAAGAAGCUUCCACUCCAUCGUGGCAUGACUCUACGAUCACUUCAGAUGUUCAAUCGGUGGUCAAAGGGUCCAAAGAACCUGAGCCAUUUGAAUACACAGGAAGUCGGUUUCCUUCAGUGGCAGACAGGCCUGAAGCAUCUUCGACUCUUUUAUCAUCCGAAAAGAAUCCCUCGUCUUUUCCAGUGCAACCCCAUCUCCCAAAACCACCAACUUGUUCCUCAAUGACAGGGUUAAAUGUCACCAAAGCCGCCGGUCCCGAUCACAGCAAUCAAGACACAUGUUUGGAGAUUGAUAUGCGGAAACUGACAGCGAGGGAUGAGGAAGAUUACGAUGAUGAUGAGGUUGAUGAUGAAGAUGAGGAGGAGGAAGAUGAGGAUGAAGAUGAUAAAAGUGCUAUUGAUUCUGACAUGGAGAAAGGUGCCAAAGAGAAGUCUGAGAAGGAAGUAAAACGUCCUGCAAGUGAAACGUUUAGCUCAGAUAAGCCCGAAUUGAUGGUUUCCCUGGCUGGAUAUGGUUUGAACAGUCAGGGGAAGCCUGCUGUGGAAGAAAACAUCUCUGGCUUACUCACCAAGGUCGCAGAUGAAGAUGCGGAAGACUCCACAUUCUUAAGUGGAAAGUCAAACGGGGGGUCGACAGGUUGCUCUGGCUACUCCCCAGAGUUACACCUGGAUGGAUGGGAACAGAAGAAAUCACUUUUACCAAGUCAGACCACGGACAAAGGUAAAGAGGACAUUACCUUAAAGUUGACAGAGAGAUAUUUUUACCAGAAUGAUGGAGAUGAUCUUGAUGUCGACAAACCUCAGUCCCCAGAUCACCUAAACAAGAAAUCGCCGGACACGAGCUUUCAGUACACGACCACUGCUGCUCCUGGGUACUCCUCUUCCUCCGCUUAUAGCUACUCCUCCUCUACUUCAGGCUCCUUCUCGACAAGCCGUCAGCUCGGAGAAGAUCUGGGAACACCUGCCACAGCCGAGCCACUGUUUGAGUACUCCUCCUUUCAAGAACGGUCCCCGGUUCUAGACUCUCCCUUCCCCACAUUAACUGGCACCAAAGAUGAUUAUCUUGAAGUGUCUGAGAAACAGUUGACCGGUGCAACCACAGCGGAGUCCACCUCCAUCUUAGCCCACUUUUCACCCCUCGGCCCAUUUGAGGAAGUGAAACCCUUCCCUUUGCAGUCAUCCAUUGCUUCUGCUGAAGACAAAAAGGAACACGCAUCUUCCCUCGGCUGUUUUAUGGAUAAACGCCCACAAUCAGACUGCUUCUAUAAGCCCGAGUGGUCUGAGGUGUCAACGCUGGACUCUGCAAGAGGCUUUGGGAACUCACCAACUAUGCCCUCUCAAGAAACAGCACUCUCAAAAGAGGCAGCCAGCGCUGCUCUUUUCGGUGUCACUUCUUCCCCACGGCCAGACACUGAAGGAAAGCAUUACUUUGAGGAGACCGACAGCAGUGAAGAAGAGAAUGAGGGAGAUUAUAUGCAGGACAUGACUCGUACACCAGCCUUCAGUGGGCUCUCGGGUACCUUGGCAUUUUGUGACAAGUCUGUUUUCUCAGCUGAAGGUGAAAAGACAAGCAGUGCGCUCCCCGAUGUUCUUGGCGCCUACAUGUCAUCAGCGCUUCAAGCAGGCAAGCCGGACAAAACCAAUGGGACCACAGAAGUCAGCGCAAGUUCAACCCUCCUUGCUGGCGCUGCAGCGACUGGCGCAGUUGCAGGCACGGCUAGGAUGGAGUACAGAGAGGGCGCCGGAGGCUACAGGAGCUCCUAUGAAUGGGAAAUGUCCAAGCCUCAGAUAGGGAGGAUGCCCGGCGACUCUCCUCCCCAUUAUCGUCAUGAUGAUGAGUUUGAAGAGGAGUGUGAAAUGGAGCCAGAGCACCCAGUACGCCCACUUUCACUCUCAUCAACUAAUCAGCCAUUUCACUCUCCCUUCUAUGCUGAUGAGUGCAGCCAAGCAGGGCAGGAUGAUGAUGAUGAUGAUGAGGAGGAGGAUGAAGUUGACAGCGAUCAGGAUAUUGCUGGGAAAGUACCCAAGGGAGCAGCCUCUCCAUAUGCAGGCCACACCUCUCCAGGAUAUUCAUCCUGUGAGUACAAACAACAUAAAACUGACCUUUCACCUUCAUUUAUCAACCCAUGCAUGCGGCAGCUGUGCAGCGAUGAAGAUGACGAGGAUCAAGGACAGCAAAGUGACCAGUCGCAGGAGGGAGAUGAACAUGACAUGUCAGUCAAGAGAAGGGCUCACAAGCAGCCCCACCAUCAUCAGACCCACAGCAGCUCUUUGUAUCAAGCCGGUGGAAUGUCAGCACAGUUGGGUCCAGCGACGGAGGAAACACCGCCGACUUCUCUCAGCGAGUCCAUCGCCUCUCAGUCAGACUCUGAAGUGCCUCCAGGGACAGAAGAGUACCCGUCAGUUGUUGGCCAAGGCAAUAUUGAUUCAGAUGAGGAUGCAGACUAUAUGCCUAUCGACAAAAUAUCUGCUACAGGGGAAGGCCUUCAGUCCUCUGCCUCCUGGAAGAGCCACGAUCCAGUUCCCGCAUCUCAAAAGGACCCUUACCCUCGCCCUCCUCGCCCUGAUGUCUGCAUGGUAGAUCCUGACUCUUUGGCUCAUGCCCCGGUUAAAAAAGAGCCGAAAGCUAAAGGGCUAAAGAAAGCAUCUGGGAAAACAAAAUCGGCAUCCCCAGCCAGGCGCAAACGGUCCCCCCUGCCUGUCAGACAGACGUCCUCUCCUCGCAGUGCGUCAUUGAAAAAGAAGGAAGCGGACAAGAGUUCACGCAUGUCUCGCUUGUCGGAUGGACAAGGCUCAAAGGAUGAUGAUCUUUCAAGGUCAAGCUACAACCCUGGCAAGGUGCUGACUAAUAGCGGUAGCAAAAGCAGUUUGGGCUCUCAGAAGGCAGCUUCGACAGCUCCUAUUUAUGUCGACAUGGCCUACAUUCCCAAUCACUGCAGCGCCAAGAAUACAGAUCAAGAAUUUUUCAAACGUAUCCGCUCUGCAUACUAUGUGGUGAGCGGGAACGAUGCUGCAAGUGGUGAACCAAGCCGAGCGGUUCUCGAUGCACUGCUGGAUGGCAAAGCUCAGUGGGGUUCAAAUUUGCAGGUGACGCUGAUUCCGACCCAUGACACAGAAGUAACUCGCGAGUGGUACCAGCAGACACACGAGCGCCAGCAGGAGCUCAACAUCAUGGUCCUGGCCUCCAGCAGCACUGUCGUCAUGCAGGAUGAAUCUUUCCCCGCCUGCAAGAUUGAGUUCUAGACAAUGCUGUGGCACGCCGAGCCUCUAUCACGUUGUUUCCUCUUUCAAGCAUCAUUAAUGUCUUUCUGUCCCUUUUGUGGUAACCUUACAGAAGUACUGAAGACAAAUUCAUUUCGGUUUUCAAUUAUUCAUGAAGCUUGUGGCUGUCACAGCAUUCCGAGACUCAGUUACCGUACACUUGUUUUUAAAGAAUAGAAAAGCCAAAAAGGCAGUUUCUGCAAAGAAUCGCUUUGUUGCUAUUCCUUCAAAUGGUAUGAAUAUAAGUCCACUUUAAGGCCAAUACUAAUUGCCGUCUUCCUCAGUAUCUGUUUUAAAGUUCUUUUUGCAGUGUAGCUGAUCACAUUGAAAAAUUGUGCUGGUAGAAAAUGACUAUUGUGAUCAGUUUCCUAAAUUUGAUGACUGUUCCAGUGUUUGAACUUUGUGCCUCUAAUUGACAUCGUGAAAUAGAGAAUAUUCAAGUAGGGGCCACCGUGUCCUUUCAAUGUCUCGCCAAUAUAUUUGCUGUAGCAUAGGAAAGAUUUUUCUUCAAAUUUCCAUACGGUUGUGAAAUAUUUCUAGGAUGAAAAUAACCUGUUACAUUUAGAAUUGAUGUGGAUUCAACCAAUAAUUUCUGAGCAUUUAUCCCCCCUGUAGUCUUUGAGGUUUGUUUUUUCAUUUAAAUAUGGUUGAUACGCUAUUGCGGAAAAAACAAACAAACAGUCAGAUGUGUAGUCAGAUGUGCUGUUCGAAGACACGGUCGACCCAUCCUUGACACUCUGUCUUUGUAAUGUGUGCAUUUGAAGGAAGAUGUUCAACCUCAUAUCAGCCGCUGCAUCUUUUUCCAAAGCCGUGUCCAGGGAUGAGGAAUGUCCGACAAACGAGAGGUUGUGUUGCACACUGGACAAGAUGUGGGCUGGUGUGAUUAGUGAGAGAGGUGAGAUACAUGUGCCUUUUAGUCCUGAUGUGCUGGGAGAUGGCAAGGAUGGAAAUUAAUGUGUAUUUGGUGUUGGGAAUGGACAUGAGCAGUUGCAUCGUGAUUGAGGUUUUGACAAGCUUGUUACGAGAGUUCCUGUGAGUUUUGUCCGCGACGUGAGUGCAGACUCACGUUUUGCAAGUCGAGCACUUUCUAAAGCAUCGAAUCGGUGUUUCAGUCAUUGAUUUCCAUAAGCUGCCAGUUUGAAAAUGUAGAAAAAGCACAAAGAACAACCAAUGUACAAAAGUCAAAGCGGUCUGUCGUAGUUACUUUAACCCUUUGAGGGACAGCGGUUACUACAGUGGUCAGCUUAUCAGGUUAUCAGGUUACAGGUUGUCAUUAUUGGUGCAUGUAAGGGUUAAUGACACCGAAAACAAUGGUUUGAAAAUCUUUUUCAUUUGGUUGAAAUGAUUUCAUGUAUUUUAACUCGAUCAUUUGGAGGCAAUUUUAUUACGCUUUUUAAGCCUCAAAUUGGGAUGGUGGCAACAUCAAAUUGGGAUGCUGUGGAAUUCUUAAAGUUGGGUAAAAAGGGUCCUCUGAUCAUCCUGGAUUGCAGACUGCAGGGAUGUAGGAAAUAUCCCGCUUUGAACUUCCAAGGGCCAACAUUAAAGGCCUCCGUAGUUUAUGUAGUAUUGCAAUUGACAUUCUACAUCUGCCAUUGUUAUUGUGCCAUCAGACUGACCUCCCAAAGGCAACUUGCCAGUUCCCGAGAGAACAGCACAAGUGCCUAGUGGGGAAUUUAGACUUCUGAUCAAGGUUCUGUUGCAGCAACUCAACAACAGAUCCCGUCAAUGUCGAUUUCGGUGGUAAAUUCUUCAAUAGGUCACAUUGACAAUAUAUUUAAUUGAAUGAAACAAAUGAUGCCGCAAACCACAUCUUUAUCUUUGGAUUUUCCUUUAGUUUAAACAUCUCAAAAUGACACACACCAAAAACAUGCAUAAUUGUUUUCUAGAUGCAUUAGUGAAGUUAGUGAAUUUCUUUUCAAACAUUCAUUUCAUUGCUUGUGUGAGUUUUCAAUUGGUUUGUUAAACCGGAUAGUCGCUGUAAUCAAUAGAGGCAUUUGAAUGGGAUUUUGGGUGAUUUUAAUCAUGGAUCUUGGCGCGUUUUAAUUUAUUCAUUCAUUCAUUCAUCUUCCGUACCGCUUGAUCCUCACUAGGGUCGCGGGGGGUGCUGGAGCCCAUCCCAGCCGUCUCCGGGCAGUAGGCGGGGUACACCCCGAAUCGGUUGCCAGCCAAUCGCAGGGCACACAUAGACGAACAACCAUCCACGCUCACACUCACACCUAGGGACAAUUUAGAGUGUUCAAUCAGCCUGCCAUGCAUAUUUUUGGAGUGUGGGAGGAAACCGGAGCACCCGGAGAAAACCCACGCAGGCCCGGGGAGAACAUGCAAACUCCACACAGGGAGACCAGAGCUGGAAUCGAACCCGGCACCGCUGCACUGUGAAGCCGACGUGCUAACCACUGGACUACCGGGCCGCCCCGUUUUAAUUUAAUAUUGUAGAAUUGGUUUGAGUUCCAUGCAUUUCGAUGUCAUUCCCAACCACACACCAAAAUGAAUCAUCCAAUAAAUAACGGGACCAACGCUAAGGGUCGAUAUUUUAGAUCCACAAAUCUAUACAGUUUUGGAUAUUCCUCGAUUUUCUAGAGUCAUGUAUGAACAACCGGCGCACGUCACUGAAGACGAGGGCUUAUCUCCUUCACCGAAAACAGGCUGCGGCGCGGUGGCUUGGGUUGAUUUGAAUGUGAUGAUGCAGAUUACCUUUAUGUUCUCUGCGGAGGACUUAGAAAUCUCCUGGUUGCCUUGUUUACUGCACAUCGAAUGGCGUGGGCCAGCAGCACAUCUCAAAGUUAUGAAGGGCACUUUUCAAGACAUCAACUACGCAUUAAUUCAAGAUACAUUUAUUCCUUUGAGGGACCGGAAACAUUGUCAAAAUGAGUCAAGUGGAAGAUGGCGUUCGUCCUUUCCAGCCGCGAUGGCCCAUGUAAUCCCUUUCUGCAAUACUUCUACAUAAUACAGACCGGUAAUGACUACUACUACUACGCGCAUAUGAGAUUUGAGAGAUACUGUAUCACUUUACUACCUAGCGUUCAGACAUAACUCAAACAUUCACAUUUGACUGCUGCAUUUUCACCACAUGUGAUUUGAUUCCUGCUGUCCUCCACUAAGCAACGCUUAUACGUGUAUGUGUACCCACACACAUUUCAAGAGCAGGUGAGCAAAUAAAUUGAAGAGAAAUGCUGUUUUACAAGUGAGAUGAAGACGUGUACUGCGAAAGCUCACGUGAAAUGUCUGCGUUGUACUGCGAAGAAAGCCGUGGGAUUUUUUUUCUUCUUUCUCCUUCCAGUACACCCCCGACCCUCAUCGCCUGUUUUGAGUGCAAUAGUCAGUUUUACUCUUUAUAUGUGUAUUGAUAAAAAAAUAGAGAAGAUAGUUAUUGUCUAAAGGGAAAUGUGUGAUGAAGACAAAUAAAACAUCAUUUACUGAAGAAAAA